UCACCUGACAGCACAGGAGGCCUCGCGCACUCUUGAAGCAUCCGAGCGAGCGCAUGAUUUCCCGCAAUAUCUCGAGGAUCCUCGAGGCAAUCGAGCGGGCGAGGGACGCUUUUGCUCGCCGAAGAUCGAGUCCACACCGUGAUCGAGUCAUGACAGCCAAGAAACGUAGAUGGUGGGUUCGACCAAGCUUGCGCUACCGAAAUCUGGAAGGACAGGCCAGUGCUUUGCUGCCUCGCCUGCGCGCCACAGACGAAAUUUACUUUCGAGACUUCCUGCGAAUGGCACCCAGCACAUUUGAUUCCUUGCUGGAACUCAUCCGUCCAGCGAUCGAACGUAAGGUGACGCCGUUCCGCGACCCGAUAUCAGCACACGACCGGCUUGUUAUCACCGUCAGAUUCCUUGCAAAUGGCGACACAUUCCGUAGUUCGUCUUUUAAUUUUUUGGUGGGCCGAUCAACAGCGGCUGGGAUUGUGAAGGAAACAUGCGCUGCAAUGUGGAACAUUCUGCAGCCCAUCUACGUGAAAUUUCCACAGGGGCCAACCGAAUGGAAAAAGAUUGCAGCAGAGAUAGAUUUACUCUGGAAUUUUCCUAAUUGUAUUGGUUGCAUUGAUGGAAAACAUGUCAACAUUGAGUGCCCCAGCAACUCAGGUGCAAGAAACCUGAACUAUAAGAAGACAUUUAGUACAGUUCUUAUGGCAGUAUGUGAUGCACGCUACAGCUUCACGUAUGUUGACAUCGGUCAUUAUGGCGGAGAGAGUGAUGGAGGGUUUUUUUCAAGGACGCCACUUUUCGGGGUUCUAGCUGACAGCGGAUAUGGCAUCCCUCCUCCUGCAAAUGUGGGCUCUGCAGGCCUGAUCCCUUACUUAAUGGUCGGGGAUGAGGCGUUUCCGCUGAAGCCCUUUCUCAUGAGGCCAUAUCCUGGGCGCGGCAAGUCUUGCUAUUGA